AUGGGGCUCAAACAGGGUGGGUUAUUUACUGCAUACAGACUUCAUACUCUGGUUCUACCACAUAUGAUGGGGGCAUCUUGUGCUCGGGUCCCACUACCCAUUAAUCUGUCUGAGGAUGGUCCUAUGUAUGUCAAUGCAAAACACUAUCAUGGAAUACUCAAGAGGAGAAAGACAUGUUCAAAGCUUGAGGCUCAAAACAAGCUCGUCAAAACUAGGAAACCCUAUCUGCUCAAGUCUUGGCAUCUUCAUGCACUAAAUAGAGUUAGAGGUUUUGGUGGUCGUUUUCUCAGCAAGAAGCAGCAUCAGCAAUCUGACUCUGCAUAUCUCUCGAGCUCCCAGGACUCACUUCAUUUCAAUCAGAUGGGAGAUACGCUAAAUUGUGAUGCACAUGCGAUUCAAACUAACAAGCAUGAUGUUCCCACUACAACCAGCACUGAAGUUUCAAGAAUUGCCUGCGAUGAUGUCAUUUUUCCACUAGCAGAAAGAAGGUUCCCGUCCCGCUUGGCUAUUUCUAUGCAAGGUAGUAGUACCCUUGUAUACAGUGGAUUUAGGCAUUAUGCUUCCAUUGUCCAAUGA